UUCAACAAGCUGAAGAAUGAAGACGCUGCUGCUGUCUCUGCUCUGUCUGUGUGUGUGGAGUCAAUCCACAGAAGCUUUAACGGAUCAGCAGGUGGUUUUAGGACAGAGUGUGACUUUAGCCUGUGAGUUUCAUUUAAAAGCUGUUAUCUGGUUUGUGACAAAACUACCAGCUCGUCCAAUGAUGAUAAUGAGAACCUUUGGAUCCCCCAAACGGGCAGAAUAUUACCACUACAAAUUCAGCAGCAAAUAUUCAGAGGGUGGCAGGAGCCGCUUAAUAAUCAAUAAAGUUAGUGUUGAUGAUUUAGGAAUUUAUUACUGUAUAAAACCAGGGAAUGAUCUACAGGUCAGUGUCAGUGAUGGUAUCAGACUGCACACCGCUGAAUCUCCCCGAAGUCACGAUGAACCAGAGCAAAAAAAUCCACCAAAAGAUCAGACAACACUUCAGAUUCCCUUCAUUAUUUUAAGUCUGUUGACUGUUGCUCUGUUUGCUGCAGUGAUAGGUUUAUUAAUGAUGAACCAUAAACUGUCUAAGGAAAUUCCUAAAUACGCCAAUUUUAAUCAGAUUACUACAAUGAAGUUUGGUGAGAGUAACAGAGGAAAAACAGAUCCUGUAUAUCUAGAGGUGCUGCCAAAUAUCUAGAGGUUCUGUGUGAAACAGUGAUUUGUUGCUGAUUGCUUCAAAUGAGCAGAAUUAUGCGCUGCUUGAACAUGCAAUGAAAUUAUUUGCGCUUGUCUGUUCAUAAUAAAACAUGACUUAAAUAUGAAAAUGCCCAUCAAAAUUUAUAAUAGCGUUUGCUUUUGAAUAAUAUACUUUGUAAUGUUUUUUAUUAUUAUUUUUUUAUGUCUUUCUGGGUUGCUAAAAUCUGAUUGUAUUGGGAUGCAGUAACAUUCGCUCUCCUGAUUGAUCAUGUGACAGUGAAUGUAAUAUGUGAAUGUAACAAACACAUAGCUGUUCAUUUCACAAGACAUUAACUGAUG